AUGGAUGCAUCGCUCGAGGACUUUGAGAAUACAAGCAAUCGCCACCGUUCACCGAUAUUCGGUCUCCCAUCACAACACUCGGGUUUUAGGUCAGAGGAAUCGGAUUGCGAAGAGGAGGACACGACACCCGUUGAUGAACGCUGGUCUCCGCCCGGCUUUGGAAGAAGGUAUGAUGAUGUCCCAAAUAGUGGGUGGUAUAGACACCAGCCCUACACGCGCAAGAUUGACCACGAGCGGUUCGGGCUGAGACCAACCGUGGGAGUUAGUCCAACGCAGUCGCGGGAAGCCAGUCCGCAGUAUGAAGAUGCGCCAGAGGCUCCCAUGGCAAGCCGCCGCGCCCUUUCCACCGAAACUGUGGACGCUAUCGUCGCCGCCAAGGUGCCGUUACCUCCAGAGACAGAUUCACCAUUGAAGGGCCGGUCGCCCAGUCCAGUGCGGAUGCCUAUGCGACCCAUCAUAUCUGACGUUGAGACUGUGGACUUCAAGCCCGAUAAUAACAUAAGUAAUUAUAUCAGGUUCGCUGUACGCGCCGAAGUUCAACAUCGAGAACCGUUUGUCGCAUUCUUUACUUACUUGCGAUCCAAGGUCGAUUACAUCACUAGCUCCAAGUCCAACACCACCCUGUCCGUCUUCAUAGCCCUGGUGUCCAUCGCGUUCUUGCGCACGCUGUUCAUGCCGAGCAUGCCGUCGGCAAUCCCAGACCUAGUGAAGCUGUCAGGCUUUGCGCGCUCAUUCGAACCGCUUAUAUACUACUCCGAGAAUGGCGUGCAGCAGAUCGGAACGUUACAAGAGACCGGUGUGGCCGUCUGGGACCUCAGCGAGUCGGUGCGCGGGACAAAUAUGACCAGCGCACCCAUCAUUGUACGCCAACUCGACGAGUUGUCGGAGUCGCUCAAGUCGCUCUCAUUAGAGUUGACGCGCUUCUUUGCCAACGUCGACUCGGACGUCGACUCGAUCCUCCUGGUCAUGGAUUGGGCCAAGCGCGAGCUAGAGACCUUAUCGUCGCAACCGCCUAGUAGUUUACCGUCUAUCGUCUUGGAUAAUGUGCAAGACCUCCUAUCGCGACUCGGCACACUCGAAAGAGUCGCAAGGUCAAGCGGCGAUGGCACCACUGAGCUCACCACAACCCCAACGACGUUUGGCACUAUUGUGACUGCCAUAUUUGGGCAAACUUCAGCCCAGCGCACUCGCGCGACACUCACGCGCACCUUCACAGAGUUUCUUUCCGUCCUUGAAGAAUCAAUAAACAGCGAGUUGACGCACUCAACGGCGCUAUUUGCGCUAUUUGAGUCCAUCGAUCGGCAGUUCCUCAAUCUUCAGCGCACAGUUGUCCGCGAGUCCGAUGCGCAGGAGCGCGCCGAGGGUGAAAUGCUCAGUUCUCUCUGGACCCGUGUCCUCGGGCCAGAUGCCGCGGUGGUGAGAAAGUAUGAGAAGAACAAGCGGCUAUUAGCGAAUGUCCGUAGCCGCACCGUCGCAAACAAGCACCUCCUCAUGGAUCAUCGCGGGCGUCUUUUGACAUUGAAAGUAAACCUUGAAACACUGCGCCGGAAACUCGUUAGCCCUCUCGUAAGGCGCAACGACUCCGUUAGCUUCGCGGGCGCCGUGGACUCGGGGGGCAGUGGUGGUCGAACACUUGGUCCCGUUGAAGCUGUGAUAGAUGGUCAGAUCAAGGGCCUGGAGGGGACGUACGAUUAUCUCCGCUCUGUAAGGGAGAAACAGAAGGCAAAACUCAUGGAGAUGGUAUACGGGGCCGGUCGCAAGCUGCCAUCUUCUGGCACGCUGCUUGCCGAUGGGUCUGAUGACGGAGAUACGAUUGAUGGGGCAUGA